ACCUCCGGCCGCUCGGGCCCUGGUUGCAGGCUGACUGGCUGGCUGAGGACAUGCGGCUGCAAGGCCCGCCACGCGAAGCCGAGGAGACGUGGAUGCCGCGCUAUAAAUAUGCCACGCAGGCAAAGCGCAACAGGCGACUUCUCCUAGCUCGAGAUGCGGGAGAACUCCAGGGCGAGGGGGCUCCGCGUGGCGCUCCUCUUGCUGCCUCUGUAGGUUAAGGAGGCCCGGGGUCGGCCGGAAGAAAAGCGUUUUCCAGAAGCGAGGCAAACUUUCUCCGAAAUGAAUAAAUUCCGGAAGGUUUGCCGAGGCAGCGGGAGAGCCCUGGCUUUGAUCUUCGCAGCUUCGGUGGUUUGGCUGAUCUUUGACAUGGCAGCCCUCAAGUUGUCCUUCGGCGAGAGCGGCACCAAAGUGCUGCGAGGAGAGAUGAGGGGAGAAGAAAAGGGGCCAGCAGGGCGAGUUUGGCGCAACUCCGAGCAUGGCCCGGGGCGGUGGUCCCGAGAGGCGCCCGAAGCUUCCCCGCCGUUCCCGGGACAAGACGGGGAGAAGCUUUCUAGGAACAGCGAAGAUGCUGGCCGGGACGCGGAAGGGAGAGGGCAGCGCUUAUCCCCCGGCGCGACUCCGGCCAAAGCAGCGCCCGGGAAAAUACCCGGCCUGCGUGACAUACUCCCGCUGAAACGGCCGGGACCGCCCGCUCAACCCGUGCCCCAUGCCCCGGAGAAGAAAGUCAAUGGGGUGGCAGCCACCGGCGGCGACCCACGGCAGGCAAAGACGGCUCUGGCUCUACGUGAGCAGGAGUCCCACUUAAUAGUGGCUGGAGGGGGAGCCCCUGUCAACCUAACUCUUCCAAACGGAGCCCUGCAGAAGGUGCCAGCUCAGAAGAGCGCCGGAGGAAUGGAGCUGUUAGUGCUCGCGGAGUUGACAGAUAAAGGGGCUUUGGCUGAGUUUAAACGUGGUGUCCCACCUGGAAACAUGCCUGAGGAAUGGCAGGCCAAUCCUGGUGUUCUCAAAGCCAACAGGACUGGGGGGCUAGUAAGAGUGAUAGAGGUUCCUGAGGUCACAAAAAGGUGGGAUUUACCUGCAGGCAAGCUAAAUACCUCAACAUCAGAGAAGAAUGAAGUCUCCCUGAAUAAAAAAGCUCCAGGAAACCUGCCAAGGAGGAAGAAUGCAAAGGAUAUUCUAUCAGAAAAGCAACAGGUCUUUAUAACCAAGGAGCUGGUCCCUAUGGUUUUCCCAGCAAUUCAGCAUCUCCAAGCCAGCACCAAAGGAUUUAAAUCGAUGGGAAAGUAUAUUAAGUUGCCAGGCAAUAAGGGGAAAGCCACCAAUGCAACCCAAAUAGAAGGCCUUAUUAAAGCUGUGUCUGCAGAAGGGAUCCUUGCCAGAGGAGGAGCAUUGGGGAAGGUUGAUAAAGGCCAUUUAGCGGGCAAAGGGCAAUUCCCCAAACCUAAUAGGAGUAAUGUGGAUUUCGCAGAAAAUACUAGGAUGCACAAAGUGUUAACGAUUGAUAGGACCCUGACCCCAAGAGACCCCAGAGCACCUGGUCAAUUUGGGCGCCCUGCUGAAGUCCCUGGUGAGAAGGAGGAAGAAGCCAAAAAGAGAUGGAAUGAAGGGAAUUUCAAUGUCUACCUCAGUGACUUAAUCCCAGUUGAUCGUGCCAUUGAUGACACAAGGCCUGCUGGAUGUUCAGAUCUUCUUGUCCACAAUGACCUUCCCACCACUAGCGUUAUCAUGUGCUUUGUCGAUGAAGUAUGGUCGACUCUCCUGCGUUCUGUCCAUAGUAUCCUCAACCGGUCCCCCCCUGAAUUGAUUAAAGAAAUUAUUUUGGUGGAUGAUUUUAGCACAAGAGCUUACCUGAAGGACAAAUUAGACAAAUACAUGGCACAGUUUUCAAAGGUCCGUAUCCUUCAUCUGAAAGAAAGGCAUGGUUUAAUACGAGCAAGACUAGCUGGAGCAGAGAUUGCCAAAGGUGAUGUCCUGACCUUCUUAGAUUCUCAUGUGGAAUGCAACGUGGGGUGGUUGGAACCGCUACUGGACAGAAUUCAUUUAAAUAGAAAAAAAGUUGCUUGCCCUGUCAUUGAAGUGAUCAGUGACAAAGAUAUGAGUUACAUGACUGUGGAUAGUUUUCAACGCGGUGUUUUUACAUGGCCAAUGAAUUUUGGGUGGAAGCCAAUUCCUUCAGAUCUCAUUAAAAAAAAUAAGAUUAAGGAAGCCGAUAUAAUUAGGUGUCCUGUGAUGGCAGGUGGGCUGUUUUCUAUUGAUAAGAAGUAUUUUUUUGAGCUUGGGGCAUAUGAUCCUGGUCUUGAUGUUUGGGGAGGUGAAAAUAUGGAGAUCUCAUUCAAGGUUUGGAUGUGUGGAGGAGAAAUUGAGAUUAUCCCGUGUUCCCGAGUAGGUCAUAUUUUUAGGAAUGAUAACCCCUACUCCUUCCCUAAAGAUCGGCUCACUACAGUAGAGCGGAAUUUGGCCCGGGUGGCAGAAGUUUGGCUGGAUGAAUAUACUGAUCUUUUCUAUGGACAUGGUUAUCACCUCAUUCAAAAAAACUUGGACAUUGGAGAUUUGACUCAACAGAAGAAACUGAGGGAGCAGCUUCAGUGCAAGAACUUCAAGUGGUAUUUGGAAAACGUAUAUCCCGAUUUGGAGGCCCCUCUCGUAAAAGCUAAUGGGCUGAUUAUUAAUGUAGCAUUGGAUAAGUGCAUCACUGUGAAUCAGCAUAAUCUUACCUUUGAAACAUGUGAUAUUAAUAACAAGAACCAAAAGUUCAACUACACUUGGCUGAGGCUAAUCCAACAUGAAGACUCCUGCCUGGCACUUAUUGAUGUUGAAGGGACCCUGGGUCUGCACCCUUGCGAUAAAAGAAACAAUAGCCAGAAAUGGUUGCAUAAAUCACUGGUAGCUUUUCACCCAGAACUCAUGGAUCACAUUGUUUUAGAACAUCUUUCAAGGGCCACGUGUUUGGAAAUAGACCAGUCGCAGAAAAUCCUGAGGGCUAAUAUUUGUUUUUCAAGCAAUAAUCAUCAGAAGUGGCAAUUUGGAAAUUAUUAUGCCGAGUGAAACAGAAGCCAAGCAAGCUACAUGUAGGAGCUGCUUAGUAUGCUGAUAAGUUCAAGAAUGACAGCUCUAGAAAUGGGAAGUAAAAAAUCAGCACGGUUUCUCAAAACCACAAUUUAAAAGCAGUGUAUAGGGAAAUCAACAGAUGGAGAAAGAGCACAGCUGGUUUAACUGGUGUCAUUCCAACCAGGCCUGUUACCUCAAAGGAGACUGGGCAGAAAUCUGGCCGGGUGGGAAAAAAAAGUUCAACAAAAAGGAAAUAUUUUGAGUAUCUUUUUCCAUGACAAAAAGUAAACAACACAAUAUUAUGCUAUGUUAUAAUGGGACCCGUUAUGAAUAUUUCAUUUCAUUAGUGUUCUCUCCUCCCCUCCUCUCUCAAUCAGAAAACUAUUUGGCAAAUCUUAUAGUCUUAAAUAUCUAAAACCUUCAUUUCAAAAGCAUGUACAAAAGGUGGAGAAUAUCUUCCAAUUCUAGCAGAAAAAGUCUUCUUUCUGACAUCUCCAAGAAAAUGUGGUAGAAUCUCAGGCUGAAAUCACUUGGCUGUAGAGAUCAGAAGUAACUUUUUUGAUGACUCUUUCUCUUAGAAUUACAGCCACUUCAACACCUGUCAGAUCAUCCAAGAUGGGAAGGAAAAAGAAGAGACUCUCUAAUAGAUAUAUUGAAAACAGGAUCGCAAGCCUUAAAAAUUUUGAUUUUGCUUUGAAGUUUCUUUUUAGAUAACUUACAACUUUGGCUGGAUAUUCUGUGUCUGUUCCCCUCUUUUGACAAGAAUUCACAUUUCUUGUUUUAGAAACUCGACAUAAAGAUGUGAUCCCUUCAGAAGGAUGACAAGCAUGUAUUCGGCAGGAGGAGAGGGCA